CCGUGGGGGGGAGAAGAGGAGGUGCGUAAAACUGUGGGUACGGGGUCAGAAACGUCGACACUAAACUCACGAACGGUUGACAUCACAGAGGGGCAAAGUUGCAGCAGCGGAAGUGGCGCUGUUGCGGGGCGGAUGUGACGGUGCGGGGCCCUGCCGGCCGGUGGUAGGGAGGGUGGGUGCAGGCUGCGGCGCGGGUGCCGCCGGGAGAGAGAGCGCGGCCCAGUCCCUUUGUUGCGGUAACGCUGCCCGGGGGGCGGGGGGGAGAGAGCGGAGCCGAGCCCAGCCCGAGCUUGAGGCGAUCCGAGCCCAGCCUGAGGCAGGGACACCCCCACAAACAGUCACAUCAGCCCAGCCCGCAUCCACAACAACAUGGACUCGGACGAGGGCUACAUGUACGACGAGGAUGAGUACAGCGAGGAGAGCGAGCCCGAGGAUAACUUCGAGAUCGGUGAGGUGGAGAUGCAGGAGCCCGGCCUGGAGCCUGGCCAGGACGGUGACGGGGUCGGCGGUGGAGGCGGCGGCCUUGGAGGUUUAGGCGGGCUGGGCGGCCUGGGCGCCGAGCAGGAGGAGGAGGAUUACCGCUACGAGGUGUUGAGCGCCGAGCAGAUCGUCCAGCACAUGGUGGAGUGUAUCCGGGAGGUCAACGAGGUCAUCGAGAAUCCAGCCACAAUCACAAGGAUACUUCUCAGCCACUUCAACUGGGAUAAGGAGAAACUAAUGGAAAGAUACUUUGAUGGAAACUUGGAGAAACUUUUUGCAGAAUGCCAUGUAGUAAACCCUUAUAAAAAGUCUCGAACACGUCAGAUGAACACAAGAUCAUCCUCACAAGAUAUGGUUUGUGCAAUCUGCUACCUGAAUUAUCCUAACUCGUACUUCACAGGCUUAGAGUGUGGUCACAAAUUCUGUAUGCAGUGCUGGAAUGAAUACUUAACUACAAAGAUCAUAGAAGAAGGUAUGGGGCAGACUAUAUCAUGCCCAGCUCACGGCUGUGAUAUCCUCGUCGAUGACAACACAGUUAUGCGUUUGAUCACAGAUUCCAAAGUCAAGUUGAAGUACCAGCAUUUAAUAACCAACAGUUUUGUAGAGUGCAAUCGACUGUUAAAAUGGUGCCCUGCCCCUGACUGUCACCAUGUUAUUAAAGUCCAGUAUCCUGAUGCAAAACCUGUUCGCUGUAAAUGUGGGCGGCAGUUCUGCUUCAACUGUGCUGAGAAUUGGCAUGAUCCUGUUAAAUGCAAGUGGUUGAAGAAGUGGAUUAAGAAGUGUGAUGAUGACAGUGAAACUUCCAAUUGGAUUGCAGCAAACACUAAGGAAUGUCCGAAAUGCCAUGUGACCAUUGAAAAGGAUGGUGGGUGCAAUCAUAUGGUUUGUCGCAAUCAGAAUUGUAAAGCGGAAUUCUGUUGGGUCUGCCUUGGACCCUGGGAGCCACAUGGAUCUGCCUGGUAUAACUGCAAUCGUUACAAUGAAGAUGAUGCAAAGGCUGCCAGGGAUGCCCAGGAGCGUUCUCGAGCAGCACUCCAGCGGUACCUAUUCUACUGCAACCGCUAUAUGAACCACAUGCAGAGCUUGCGGUUUGAGCACAAACUCUAUGCUCAGGUCAAGCAGAAGAUGGAGGAAAUGCAACAACACAAUAUGUCUUGGAUUGAGGUGCAGUUCCUGAAGAAAGCUGUGGAUGUGCUCUGUCAGUGUCGCGCCACAUUAAUGUACACUUACGUCUUUGCUUUCUACCUCAGAAAGAACAACCAGUCCAUUAUCUUUGAGAACAAUCAGGCAGAUCUGGAGAAUGCAACAGAAGUGCUGUCUGGCUAUCUGGAGAGGGACAUAUCCCAGGACUCCCUGCAAGACAUCAAACAGAAAGUACAAGACAAGUACAGAUACUGUGAGAGCCGGAGGAAGGUGUUGCUACAGCAUGUGCACGAAGGCUAUGAGAAAGAUCUUUGGGAGUAUAUCGAGGACUGAGGCUCAGCUUAUAAUGAACUGUCAACCCGUUAGCAACAGAGUGCUGAUGCAAAUAAAGUGGGCGGCACUGGCCCUUGCAGACACUGCUGGAGUUCUACCCUACUUUUUGUUAAUGGAAAGUUUAAGUAAAUUAUAUUGUAAUAAAAAAAGUAGAUAAAACCACAAAAUGUACAACAGUAUUGUAAGUGGAUGAAGGGUAUGACACACUAAAAACCCUCCAACUUUAAUCUGUAAUGUAGCUACAUUCUGAGAGCUGAA